AUGACAGGCUUUGGCUCUCCUUGCGGCGCAUGCAAAUUUUUGAGGAGGAAAUGCAUGAGAGGGUGUGUCUUUGCCCCAUACUUCUGCCAUGAACAGAGUGCUGCUCAUUUUGCAGCUAUUCACAAGGUCUUCGGAGCGAGCAAUGCCUCAAAGCUCCUCAUGCACCUCCCGGUCUCAGACAGGUCGGAAGCUGCGCUUACCAUCUCCUAUGAGGCUCAAGCUAGGAUUCAAGAUCCCAUUUAUGGCUGUGUCGCUCACAUAUUUGCACUGCAACAACAAGUAGUGACACUGGAAGCACAACUAGCUUCCUUGAAGGCUCAAAUUGCUCAAGGUUUAGCCAGUGGAUACUUAUUGACUUCCCGAAGUCGACUUGACGAUGAGAAAUUGAAUCAGAAGCGACCAUCUUAUCAACCAGGACAGGGCUUCAAUCUGAGUGGAGAAGAGAGGAUGAUGCAGCCUUUAAUUUCAGGUGCUUAUGCACAUCAAGAAGGGAUGCUGUACUUCGACAACGGAGUAGUCAAUUCAAACAACUUCCCGUCUACUCAGCAUUACGACCAACUUUCAUACAUGGACAGUGAUCAGACCUCCUUCACCGAAGACGAUUCCUCGAGUGCCAUGGCCUCACUCGACAUAGAGGCAAAUGCAAGGAGAUCGUCAUAUCUCGAAAUGGAGGACCUCCAGUCAGUAGCAUUUGGCCAUCUUCAUUGUGCAUGAGAGGCCAACUCAUGAAGCAUCAUCUUCAGUUUUGAUUCAUCAAAUUUGAGUUGCGUCACAAGCUCACGAAACUCGGAAGAAGCUUUUCUUGGUCCUACUGCUAUGCAAUACUUGAUGAGGCUUGCCAAUGUACAAUAGCAGUAUACCUAGGCAGAAAUAAGAGACUUACGAGUUUUUUUAAGCUCACUGCCUUCAUAAUGGAGAAUGGUAGUAGUGCUAAGAUUGGCAAAUUAGGAUAAACAUCUGGAUUCGACACCUUAACUAGGAAUCAUGAUGAGCAAGGUUUUUUAUAUGGUUGGAGUCUGGAAAAAGGUGCUUAAAAUUUCAA